GUUGGUCGUCGCCGGGGCAGGGGCGGACGUCUGCGACUGCCGCCAACGCGCUGUCGAGUGAAUGUAGGCGGCCCGGGGCGCGAUGUCGCCGACUUUUGCGAUUCAAACGAACGAGUGAGACGGGGCGACACCGACGACAGACACGGCUCGUCGGCAGCGGGCGUGAGGAUGGCGUUCCUGUUGCUUGAAGUGGUGACUUUGCGGACGUGGAGAUGGCGCUAGGCCCGUCUGGAUGAGGUGCUGGUGAGUGGUGCGCCUUCUCGCAGCGCACCUCACGUCCUCGCCCUAGAAGCACCCAUUGAAACACCACCCACCGCACCACACCGCCUGCAGGCACUCUCGCAACCAUGGGUGUCCCCUUCGAAGCGCUGCUGCCGUACGCGAUUAUGACGGGUUUCUUCGCAUUCAGCGCCAUCUCUGUUGGAAAGCUCAGGGAGAUGCAGAACGGAGGAAAGCCGGGCCGUCGGGGAGUUGACGCAUGGGACAGGGUGAUGAUGGAACGCGACCGCCGACUGACUGGCUUCAUGCGUGGACAGACAGACAAGUCAGAGGCGCCCGCAGGCUUCGAGCUCAACAACCCAUGGAGGUGCGAGCAGCGAUUCUUCUAAGCAUAGACUGUGUCGACCAGACAGCGUGUUCAUUAGCCAGUCAAACUCAAUCAAUGCUAUUUCUUUGCGUCCGAGAGCCAAGACGGUCAAACCACUGCAACACGCCUACUCGAUCUCCGAAGCCAACCCUCUAAUCCCCUCCCUCUCUGCCUCCCCAAACCUGAUCCCAAACCACUCCUCCAGCGCCUUCAAUCUCUCAUCCUCGCUCUCAAAUCGUAUCUCCUUUUCUUUCACCCCACCAACCCUCCGCUUGGCAUCCCGAUCCCCCAGAAUCAGACUCCCCACCAACUCCCCCUCCCUCAAGAUCUUCUUCUCGAC